AUAAUGCAUCACUCUUUGCAGCAAUGCAUCUUGGGACGAAGAAGGUGUAGUUGUAAUGUCUUAUAAGUCCUUGAACGUGAUAUGAAAUUUUCUUUUGAAAUUGAAGUAAUCAUACUGGAGAAUACUUGUUGGUAAAACAUUUUCAAGAUAGCAACAACGAGGCCGUGUGGGAGAAGACACAGUGUUGCAAAAUGGGGACCGAUAAAAGGAUUAGUCGAACAGAGCGAAGUGGCAGAUAUGGUUCCGACCAGCCUCGUGAUGAAUUGGACUGGCGUGAUAGAAGAGACCGAGAUCAGGAGCGCGAUCAUAACAUGCGCCGCUGGGGAGACGAGAGGCGCGGUGAUCGCUACGAUGGAGAGCGCAGGGGAUCACGAGACAGUCCUGAGCAAAGAGAAAGAAAGCGACGCAACAGUGAUAGGUCAGAAGAUGGUUACCACUCUGAUGGUGACUACCCAGAUCAGGACUACAGAAGGGAGCCUGGUGAUGAGAAGAAGAGCAAAACCAUAAUGCUGUGGGGUCUUUCUCCUCACAUUACAGAGGAAGAUAUCCGUUUGGCUAUUGACCAAUUGGAGGGACCUCAGCCAGUGGAUGUCAGGCUGAUGAAGAAAAAAACAGGUAUAAGCCGUGGUUUCGCCUUCGUGGACUUUUAUCACUUGCAAGAUGCUACCCGGUGGAUGGAGACCAAUCAGAAACGUCUGAUCAUUCAAGGCAAAAAUGUGGACAUGCACUACAGUCAUCCCCGAAACAAGUAUGAAGAUUGGCUUUGCAACACCUGUGGCCUGUACAAUUUCCGGAGGAGGCUGAAGUGCUUCAGGUGCGGAGCAGCCAAAGCAGAAACUGAAACUGGUGGUAAUACUGGAGUCUCUGAGAGUCAGAACGGUGGAGAAUUCUAUGGAGACACCAUCAUUCUUAGAAAUAUUGCUCCCAUGACGACUGUGGAAGCCAUAAUGUCAGCUCUAGCGCCCUACGCUAAUCUGUCAUCUAACAACAUUCGCCUAAUCAAAGACAAGCAGACGGGCCAGAACCGAGGCUUUGCCUUUGUACAGCUGUCCUCUCCUCUGGAGGCCUCUCAGCUGCUGACCAUCUUGCAGGGACUGCAGCCUCCUUUAAAACUUGAUGGAAAAACAAUUGGGGUGGAUUAUGCCAAAAGUGCUAGGAAAGAUCUAUUACUUCCAGAUGGGAAUCGUGUCAGUGCCUUCUCUGUAGCAAGCACAGCAAUUGCUGCUGCCCAGUGGUCUUCAAGUCAGAGUUCAGAGGGAAUGUCCGAGUUUGGUUACCUGCAAGAAGGUUACAACCCAAUGUCACAAGAAUACCCGUUCUAUCAGCAUGGAGCUGGGCCCAGUACUUCACAGGGAAAUGGACUUCUGGGAGCUGCCCCUGGUGUCAAAAUCGUCCCAACCCCAGCUGGAGUCGUGAUCUCACAGGGUGCUCAAGUCUACCAACCACACAUAAUUGCACAGCCUGCAGUUCAGACAUUGGCUCUUGGUCAGCAACUGGAGGCGAAACCCCAGACUGGACACCUCCCAGGGCUUGAAGCUGCCUCUGUGUCUGUGGCUCCUGUGGCUGCAGCCGCUGUCGCCACCGCUGCCGCCGCCGCCGCUGCUGCUUCUGCUACAGCGUCUACAUCAACAGCCCCUGGACAGAAAACCGAUGCCACCCCUGAUACAUCCAACUACCAGUAUGACGAGUCCUCUGGCUACUAUUACGAUCCUCAGACUGGCUACUACUAUGAUCCAUAUUCACACUAUUACUACAACUCUCAGACCCAGCAGUACUUGUACUGGGACAGUGAGAAGCAGGCGUACUUGCCUGCUCCGACGGACGCAGCUGCAGCACAAGGAAUGGCAGCGAGUGGUUCUGCAGGAGGCAAAGAAUCUAAGGAGGGCAAAGAGAAAAAGGAGAAGCCCAAAAGCAAGACGGCUCAGCAGAUUGCUAAAGACAUGGAACGCUGGGCAAAAAGUCUCAACAAACAAAAGGAGAACUUCAGAAGCAGCUUCCAGCCUAUCAGCCAAGAAGAGAGGAAGGAAGCAGCAGCUGCUGAUGCUGGCUAUACAAUGUUUGAAAAGAAGCAAUCGAGCGCACUAGACAGACUUCUGCAAGAGCCACCGAUGAGAGUCAUGGAAGAAGAGCUACCAUCCAGUUCAGUCAGUGGCUCUAAGUGUGGCCUGGUGGCAGCUUACAGUGGAGACAGUGACCCUGAGGAGGCGGGAGCAGAGAUGGACAGCGCUGAAGUAUGUCAGGCUAAAAUGACCGACUGGUCUAAGUUGGCCUGUUUGCUGUGUAGGAGACAGUUUCCAAAUAAAGAGGCUCUGAUUCGACAUCAGCAGCUCUCUGAUCUCCACAAGAAAAACCUGGAGGUUCUCCGUCGUUCUAAAAUGAGCGAAGCAGAGCUGGAAGAGUUGGAGAGGAAGGAGACGGAGUUGAAGUACAGAGACAGAGCAGCAGAGAGGAGGGAAAAGUACGGCAUCCCAGAACCACCGGCGCCCAAGAAGAAGAAAUAUAACCAACCAGCACAAGUCGUUAACUAUGAGCAGCCAACCAAAGACGGCCUCAACAGUGACAACAUUGGGAACAAAAUGCUGCAGGCCAUGGGCUGGAAGGAGGGUAAAGGUCUGGGUCGCAACCAACAAGGCAUCACCGCCCCCAUCGAGGCACAGUUAAGAACCAAAGGGGCGGGACUUGGCACCAAAGGCACCAACUACACCCUCUCUCCGUCUGACACGUAUAAAGACGCGGUCCGUAAAGCCAUGUUUGCUCGUUUCACUGAAUUGGAAUGAGCCCGACGUUGAACUUUAAAACUUGUAAAUAAAUCAAUUCUUUAGAAGCUUCAGAGAUGAAGCCACGGCCGAGAGGAAGUACGGAUCAUUUUCACCACUCCAGAUUCUCACAGAUUUACACCAAAUGACCCCGAACCAGAAAACAUUUAUAGUCAUAAUGUUGUACACAACUUAAUUUAUAGGUUGUAUAUACAUAGUGUAUUUACUACUGUAGUUUACAGAAUUGUUUGGAAUUUUGUUCUGUUUGGUAAUUCUUCUUUUCUCUCGUGUCCAGAUUGUACAGUUUAUACAAAUGGUUUUUGUUUGUACAUAAAUAAAUUACAUGUGCGACUUUGA